CCGGCUGCCGCUCCGCGCGGACACGCCUCGGGCGGGCACCCCUCGCCCCGCCGCAGCCCCGGCUGCUCGGCUCCGCCCGCCCGCCCGCCCGCCCCCCGCCGCCGCCGCGCGUCCCGGGCUCGGGCUCGGGCUCGGGGCCGGGGGCGGCUCCGGGCUCCCGCGCAGCCGGCACCGCCCGGGGGCGGGACGAGCCGAGACGCGGAUCCUGCGGCCCCGGCGCCGCCGCCGCCGCCGCCUCCGCCCGGGCAGCCGCACCGCACCGCACCGCACCGCACCGCACCAUGGGCCCACGCAGCGCCGCCCGCCUCCUGCCGCUGCUCGCCCUCGCCCUCGCCGCGGCCGUGGAUCAAUGCACCCACGUGGGCCCCUGCGCCAACGGCGGCACCUGCUCCGUGGUGGGAUCCACGCUGACCUGCACCUGCCCCGGGACCUGGACGGGGGAGCGCUGCCAGACAGCUCUGUCCUCCCCGGAGCGGCUGCAGGAGGCCGCGGGGACGCUGGGCCUGGACGUGCUCUCUGCCCCCGCGGUGCCGCCCCGACACCCCUCGGGAGCACCGGACAGCGUGGAGAGCAGCCUCAGCACCAGGCCCCCUCUCCCCAGCGCCGGACCCCAGCUGGCCUGGCCGGGCGGGAGAGGGCAAGCAGAAGGGCGUCCAGCACCGGACACGGCCAGCCCCGAGCGCGUGUGGCCGUCGGCCUCUCCGGACGGACGCAGCGUGGGAGAGGCCAGCAGCCUCCCGCCCUCCCUGGGGCCACCGUCCUGGGCAGCAGGGCCCGCUCCCGGGGGAGGCACCAGGCUGGAGCAGGACGGCAGCACUGAGGGUUCACGGCUGCCCACAGCGUCUCCCCAGUCUGCCGCCGGCGCCUCGUGGGAGCGGGCCUCGUCCAGCACCGCCGCAGCCCCGCAGGCCUGGGGCACGCAGGGUCCCCCGCCGGGAGCGCUGCAGACCGGCCACAGCCCGGAGCCGCCAGCCACGGCCGGCCAGGACACCGGGAGGCUGGUCAGCAGCCUGGCGCCCGGGCCCAGCCUCGUGCCGUGGCCUCACGCCGGGGCUGACCAGCCGCGGCGCCCCACAGGAGAGGCGUGGAGGCAGGGGCUGGCCCAGCCCGAAGCGGCGGACACGACGGGGCUGGACCGCACCCAGGCCCCGAGCCCCGGGCCCCCGACGCGGGAGCAGACCGAGCCGGCGCCCCGCACCCCGGCCCAGGCUGCGGCAGACGGACAGACGCCCGGGGGCAGCCACAAGCCUCGGGCCCCGCAGGCAGUGCAGGGAGCCACCAGCGUGGCUCUGCCGGCCACGGAGACGGGCGAGACCCUGACGCCGGCCACCGACAGCGGUGGGACGGAGCCCGUGUUGCUGACAGCCCGUUCCAUGCCCAGGGUGCAGGGGACCAGCGCCCAGCAAGGAGCACCCCUGGGAACCCAGGCGUCCGGGACGGGGCCGCUGGGGGAGCUUGGUGCCGAGAGUCCUGGGCCCCACGGUGUGGAGGGACGCCCUGAAAGCAGGGGCUUCUCCCCCUACCCCAGGACACGAGCAGACGGGAGCACCGCAGCAGAGCUGUGGACGGAGCCCUUCACCACAGCGUCCCCAGACGGGCCCCCGCGUGUCUCCAGCGGUGCCCUGGAGCCGUCCACCACCCCCGCGGCGCCGGCGCCAGCGCCCCGCUCGCCCCUGCCCCGCGGACCCCUCACGCUGGCGCCUGACGCGCUCCCCAGCACCCGGGACUCUCGCCCCAGCCCUGCCCCGGCACGGACGGAGCUGGCAAGUGACACCCCGGCCUCUACGUCUGGCUGGUCUUGGAAAGGCGGGGGCCCGGGGGCCAGCGUGGCCCAGCCAGCCACAGACCGGACUGCAGUGCCCGGACCGGAGACCAUGACCCCGAGUGACCGCAGCAAAGAGCCCGAGGCGUCCACGCCGCCCAGGGGCCUGGCGUCGCUAUCGACAGACCCCCCGGCUCUCACCUCGCGGCCAGUGACCCAGGACCCGCAAGGACCUGGCGCAGGGGGGAGCCACGGUGUGGCCACGUCCGCCCUGCGACCCGUCUCCAGUGCUCCCCGUGCCGCUCCUGCGCUGCCGUCGCCGCGGGCCACCGAUGGGGACGGGGACGUGGGCAUCACGGCGACACUGCAUCAGGAGACGGCACAUCCACGGACCCCUCGCACCACCGCGGCGCUGCCCCCCGACCCUGGCACCCCACGGGCCAGUGCUCCCCAGGGCUCCUUCCCGCCUGCUGCCCCGGAGCCACGUGGGAGCCCCACAUCCGCCUCGGAGAGGGGCCUGCCCGGGUCCCCGCCUGCCCCGGGACCCUCCACGCUCAGCUCGUCUCCGUCUCCGAGCGCGGCGACCGCGGGCACUGCCAUGGCUGCAUCCCCCUUGGCCUCGCGGAGCUGGAGCAGAGAGACGGCGAGGCCGGCGCUGGAGCUGUCGUCUGGGCUCACGGGCACCACGCCGAGGCCGUCCAGCCCCGCCACGGAGCCUGCGCCCCCCAGCAGCGUGGCGCAGACCCUCCCGGGCAGCAGCAGCACCCCAGGGGCUCAGCCCAGGCCCAGGCGUCCCAUCCCCAAGCUGGCAUCGACCGCCGAGAGCACCGGGUCCCUGCCACAUCCGGCAGCCACAGGCAGCGUACCCCGGACGUGGGGCCUGCACCUUGCCCAGCCUGUGAGCAGCACCGGGACGGCAGCUCCUGGUGCCGGCACCCGCCUCGGGGACGCUACGCCAGCUGCGAGACCUGGCCCGGCCGGCGUGACCGAGGCCCCGGCUCCACCUGGACCCGGCAGGGAUGGCCACGGCACGGCCCAGCGCGUCUUCGUGGUGGAGGACCAGCCCCCGCUCCUCAAAGUGCACGUCCUCCGUGUCCCCUGCGAGCUGGUGCUGGAGAUGGAGCCGGUCCCGGCGCUCCAGGACCCGGCGUCGUGGGAGCACCAGGGCCUGGUGCGGAGCUUCAACGAGACGGUCGCCCCUCUCUUCGCCGCCGUGCCGGGCUUCCAGCGCCUGGAAGUGAAGAGGAUCGGACGGGAGCAGCCACGGCCCCGCUCGGAGCUGCAGCCCUGGCCGGGCGGCGCGGUGCUGGAGUUCGACGCCCUGUUUGUGCUGGAGCGGGGGCGCUGGCCGGCGCCCGGCGUGGGAGCCCUGCUCAACCUGACCGUGCAGUCCGGCCUGCGCUUCGCCAACGCCAGCGUGCUACGUGGCGCCGUGCUCGAGACCCGGCUGGACCCCUGCACCCUGCUCUUCGCGUGCCCGGCCGGGUUCGAGUGCGUCGGCCGCGGAGACGGGAACGCCAGCUGCACAUCCGUGUGCCACCGCGACUACUGCAAGAACCACGGCAUCUGCACGCACCCCCGGGGCCGCGAGCCCGUGUGCCAGUGCCCGGUGGGCAGCGACUACUGGUUCAUGGGGCUGCGCUGCGACUACAAGGUGACGCACCAGGGGCUGCUGGGCGCAGCCUGCGGGGUGCUGCUCAGCGUGGCGCUGGUGGGCGCCGUCAUCGCCGGCCUGGUCAUCCGGCGUGUCAAGACCCUGCUGCUGGAGGCCAAGGUCGACCAGACCAAGAGCAGCUACAGGCGGUUCUGCCGGCUGGACGACGUCUCGGCCCAGUACUGGUCGCAGUCCUGGCUGGCCUCCGCCAACUCCUUGGACAACCCGGCCUUCUGCCCCUCCGAGGAGGUGCUGCACCUGCAGGUGCUGGACAACGGCUGCUGCAGCUGCAAGGACGACUCCCUGCUCGCCGACAGCUGCAAGCUGCAGCCCACGCCGCCCCUCCGCGCCGCCUGCCAGCCCAGUUUCCACUACGACUGGGAAACGAGUUCCAGCAGCAUGAACGACCCCAUGAUCGACUCGGGGAAAGCCAGCGACAUUUCUGUGUCCAGCUGGCCCAUGGAGCCCAUCCAGUGGACGCCGUUUCCCCUCCUGCACCAGCUUUCUCGACAGCGGCCGCACAAAGCCCGGCGGCCCCACUCCUACUGCGAGGGCAUGGAGCUGGUCAAUCUGGAAAGGAGCUGGACGGCCUAGACGGCAGCCGACGCACCACAGGCAACUCCGUUCAGCUUUUGAAACCAACCACGUUUUAUUUUCACAUAACAAGCUCGGUGAAGGAAUC